AUGCAGAUUGUUUCAAAGAGUGGUCUCAGUCAAAUCUCUAAAUCGGUCACAGCCACACCGGUAUGCAAAAAAGUUAUUACAAAAGCUCCACCCGCAUCCAAAAAAGUGAUAACUGGUUUAGAUUACGGUACAAAGAAGGCUGAGGAAAUAUUUGACAACUGGUGUAAAGAAUUAGAAGAUGAAAGCGACUUAGAUGAAAAUGACGAAGAGAGCGAUCAGCAAACAGCAGCAAGAAUAGAUAUAAAUUUGGAAGCAGCGGUUUUGCCUCAAAACAUAUCGCAGGAAGCUCAGCAAUGGCUUAACAACGAAGAUGCAGAAGCUGAUCGGACUAUACAACAGAUGCUACCGAUUGACCACUUCACUUUUGAGUGGGAAUGUGACCCGAAGAUAUUCAGUGGACAACGAGAAGCCUUCACGGCUACACCGGGACCGACUUUUGACAUGGACCAAGACACGACGCCACUGACAGUAUUUAAAAAUUUUUUUGACAAUGACUUACUUGACCUUAUAGUGACACAGACAAACAAACAUUCGAAUAUACUAGUAGACAAGGUGACCAAGGAAAAUUCCAGAUUAUUAAAAUGGAAAAAUACUGAUAGGGCAGAAGUGGUCGUUUUUCUCGCAAUGCUCAUACUACAAGGUUUAGCUCCGCUAAACGUUGAGUAUGACUAUUGGAGGGAAAACGGCUACCUCACCUUGAAGUAUUUUAAAUUACUGAUGACGUUUGGACGGUUUGUACUUAUAAAGCGACUUCUACAUUUUACGGACAAUGAAACUGACCUGACAGGACUUACUGACUCUCAACGAAAGCUGUUCAAAAUAUGGCCUGUCUCGGAUGUCUUGAAUAAAAGAUUUAGCAGUCUAUACAUUCCGAGACAGAGCAUAGCCAUAGACGAAUCGCUGCUUAAGUGGCACGGUCGGCUAUCAUUUGCACAAAAAAUUGCCACAAAGGCCGCAAAAACAGGGAUAAAAAGUUAUGAGCUAUGCGAGUCCGAUACCGGCUACUUAUGGAGCUUUUUCAUCUAUGCCGGAAAAGAAGUGAAAGCGGGACCAGAUAUGACGGACAACGAACAGACGGACAUUACAGACGACAUAAUUGACCUAACUGACAUAGAAAACACAACAAAUAACGACAGACGGACGACGGACACCCAACAGAUGACAGCUUCUGCAUCUUCGUUGCCACCACCACCACAAAACGCCACUGCACAAAUUGUGCAGAACUUAGCUAAGCCAUUGCUUGGUAAGGGCUAUACACUAAUAAUGGACAAUUUUUAUAAUUCUCCAUUAUUAGCGCGGUACCUCAAAUCCCAAAAAACCGAUUGUUUCGGGACACUUCGAGUUAACCGCGAAUUUGUCCCCGAAGCAAUCAAGGGCAUGGCUAAGACUGAAAUGCGAGUUGGAGAGGUAGUACAAACUUUCAGCCGAGACCUUAGUAUAAUGCUGUGGCGAGAUACUAAUAUUGUAUCCAUGAUCUCAACUUUUCACGGAGGUAAUGUGAGUGGAAAGGAAAAGUACGGCAAGUAUAAAUACAAACCGGAAGUCGUGUGUGACUAUAAUCUCGCUAUGGGGGGCGUCGAUAAAAAAGACCAGCUCCUUUCCGCUCAUCCCAUUGAAAGAGCACGUAACCAGGCGUGGUACAAAAAGGUGUUCAGGCGUCUUUUAAAUGUGACGAUACACAACUCUUACGUCAUAUUUAAAACCCAGCACCCUACCAUAACAAGUCGUGCGUUCAGGCAACGUUUGGCAGAAGAGAUGAUUAAGGCGUAUAGAACACCUCAGAUACACAACACCCUGCUGGUGAAACCGAAGGUAAUAAUUCAGUAUCCAGGUGAACAAAGCCGACCCAUCCUUCAGGGUAAUCAUUUCAUCGGUCAGGGCGUGUCCAAAUAUAAAAUAUGUGCGUGGUGCCAUCAAUCUCGAACGAAAUAUAUUUGUAAGCAAUGCGACGUAUCGCUUUGCUUAGAGAACUGUUUCGAAGAGUACCAUACCAAACAUUAAAUAUUCCAAACAUUCGUCUUCUCGAAGAAAUCGGUUUUUCUUAUAAGUACUCUUCUGCCGUGUCACGCGUAUCUCAUGUAACUUUAAAAGUUGAGUUUCGUGAUAAUUACAUUUAUAUUUAUAUUUAAUGGUUUUUAAGACGAUUUAGACUGGUUAUCCGUAACUCAUGUAACUCGAGUUAACGGAGUUUGGCGUG